UAUACGAACAUCGACACCGUAAAAUGGAGACUGACAGCGGAAGUUGCAUGUGUUUUUAGAAAACAAAUAAGAAUUUUCUAAGAUUUCUCAAUUACUACUGUUUACAUUACACCAAAAUGCAAGUGUCUAACCCAAAUAAUGUGAAGAUAUACAAUUUAAGUGCGGGUAAAUCUCUUCCAGAGUGGCUGUCAGAUAGAAAGAAGAGGACAUUACAGAAGCAGGAUGUUGAUAUCCAGCGCAGGGUAGAGCUCAUUCAGGACUUUGAUAUGCCAACUGUCAGUCACUGUGUACAAGUUUCUCCAGAUGGGCAGUACAUCUAUGUAGCUGGUACAUAUAAGCCUCGGGUGAGAUGCUAUGAUGUUCAGCAGAUGUCUAUGAAGUUUGAACGAGGCCUUGACUCUGAUGUUGUUCAGUUUCAGUUCUUAUCAGAAGAUUAUACAAAGAUUGCAUUUUUGCAGUGUGAUCGCUAUAUAGAAUUUCACUCACAAUUUGGUAGAUACUACCGUACCAGAAUACCAAAGUAUGGGCGUGAUCUGGCAUAUUACAAUGCUAAUUGUGACCUGUAUGUGGCUGGUGUAAGUCCAGAAGUAUAUAGAAUUAACCUUGAACAGGGUCGAUUCCUCAGUCCAGUUGGAACAGAGGCACAGGAAGUUAGGUGUUGUGAAUUUAAUGACUUUCAACACUUGCUAGCUUGUGGAACCACAGAGGGCCAUGUGGAAUGUUUUGACCCCAGGGUUAGAACAAGGGUAGGAAUCCUGGACACAGCACUGAGCAGCCAUAUUGAGGAUCUCGAUAUCAAAGGAGUUCCAGCUAUUACAGCCUUGAAGUAUAGAGGGCCUUUACAACUAGCUGUAGGCACUAGUACUGGACAUGUGUUACUGUAUGACAUCAGAUCUGAUAAGCCACUGAUUGUGAAAGAUCAUCAGUACGAACUGCCCAUCAAGAAAAUUAUGUUUCAUGACCACUUGGACCUGGUGAUGUCAAUGGAUACUAAAAUACUCAAACUCUGGGAUAGAAAUACGGGUAAAGCCUACACAGCUAUAGAGCCGGGAGUCAACCUGAAUGAUCUGUGUAUGGUUCCGGGCUCUGGACUGGUGUUUAUGGCAAAUGAGGGACAGAAAGUUCUCACAUACUACCUACCUUCUCUAGGUACUGCACCAAGAUGGUGUUCAUUCCUGGACAGUCUUACAGAGGAGCUGGAGGAGAGUAAUGCUGCUAUAGUAUAUGAUGACUACAAGUUUGUGACACGAAAAGAGUUGGAAGACCUUGGAUUAAAUCAUCUCAUUGGUUCAAAUCUCCUCAGGGCAUACAUGCAUGGUUUCUUCCUGGAUAUCCGCUUAUACCAUAAGGCCAAGUCCCUAGCAGAACCAUUUGCAUAUGAAGAAUAUAGAAAGAACAAGAUCAGAGAGAAGAUAGAAGCUGAGAGAGCUAACAGAGUCACUGUUAAGAAACUGCCUAAAGUAAAUAAAGAACUUGCUGAAAAACUGCUUGAUGUUGAAGACAGUAUUAUGGAAAAGAAGACAGCAAAACGAGCUGGCCUGACUCUGCUGAAAGACGAUCGUUUCUCUCAGAUGUUCAAGAAUCCAGACUUUCAGAUUGAUAAGGAAUCUGAGGAAUAUAAGCUGCUCAAUCCAGUUGUGUCUAAACUUGACAAGGCAAAGAAGAAAAAGCAACAGAAAUUGGAGUCUCAGUUUGAGGAAAUAGAGGAUGAUGGUUUAAUAGAAAGGGGUGGCUACAGUGAUAGUAGUUCAGAUGAUGAGCAUACAUGGACAGUAGAGGAUAAACUGAAGUGGAAGAAACAUGUAGAUGAACAGAAACAGUCCAUGAGGGCAGAGAAGAUGGAGAAAGCUCCCAAGUUCUUUGCAUUAAAAGAGGGAGUUGAAUUUGGGAAAUCAUCUGAUGAGAAAAGAAUCAGAAAGGAAAAGAAGCUGUCAUUGGCAGAGAGACUUGCUGGAGGAGAUGAUGUUACUAUAGUCAAUGAGCCAGGGGCCAUAGGAAACAAGGAACUGAAAUUCACUAUGAAAAAGGGAAAGAAAGAAUUACGGCAAGAAAAUGAACAAAGAGAACAUAAUGCUGAACGUAGAAAGAUCCGCAGAUCUGCAGGGGAGAUAACUAAGGGACUGAAGCAAAAGCCAAAGUUUUGGAUGGGACAGAGAGUAAAAUGAUGCAAAGCAUGAACAUUAUAUUGAAUGUUAUAGAAAGUAAAAUGCUGUUUUACGGCUGAAUUAAUUAUGGUCUAGGACUGACACAGAGUGAAAGGGAUGAUCACAGCAGUCCAUGCCACUCUUUUAUAGGACAUGGAGAGAAGGAUUUCAGGGCUACAUCUAUGAGAAGAAAGUGUGGUUCAUUUUGUAGUGCUUGCAUUAGAUAAAAAUGGAAAUAAGUUUUUGAAAUGGUUAAAAUCUAAAAUAUGAAGAGCCAUGGAUAGUGUAGAAGUAUUGCAAAAGUAUUUCUUUCCAUUUAAAAGCUUCAAACAUUAGUUGUAAGUCAUUUUAAAUAUACUCAGUGUGUUUUGAGUACACAUUGAGGUACCAAAUGCCUUAAAUUACUAUGUUAUAGAAACUCAGUAUAAAUUAUGAAAUUAGCAUAAUUUAUUCUUCAGGAGUAUAUUAUUCAUUUGAUAGUUUCUCAGCUGGGCUGAGAUUGUAUUUCAUUUUACAAAACAUAGUUUCUGUAGAUAGAGAUGCAUCCUUGUUGAGUUGUUAAGGCAAAUGACAUUGAAGCACUUGCCCUACUUAGGAUCUUCAUGCGAGGAAGCCAUCAUGCUGACUUGUGGUAUGUUGGGACAUUCUACCUAGUGCACCUGCCCACUCAUGUCUGAAACAAUGCCUAGAACUACACCUAUGGUCUUGCUCCACCACUAAAUGCAGGAAAGUCACCAUAUGACUUGAACUACCAGUAUGUCAUUGUGACUUAAAACCUCAAAAACAAAAAUAAUAUAAAUAGGUGACCAAGUAAUAAUUUUGAUUAUAGAAUUCAGUUAUAUAAUACAAAAUUAUGUAAUUUAUAACUGAUAAACACAGCUUUUACAUCAUGAUUCAACACAAAAUGACCUAUGCUUCAAGUAAAUACAUAUAGAUAUGUUUUAUGUUAGUUAAUUUCUGUGUUCAUUUUUAGCUCGACUAUUCAUAGAAUAGUAGAGCUAUUGGACUCGCCCAUGCGUCGGCGUCUGCGUCGGCAUCCGCGUCCCGAUUUGGUUAAGUUUUUGUAUGUAAGCUGGUAUCUCAGCAACCACUUGUGGGAAUGGAUUGAAACUUCACACACUUUUUCACUGUGAUAAACUGACUUACAUUGCACAGGUUCCAUAAUUCUGUUUUACUUUUUUACAAAAUUAUGCCCCUUUUUUGACUUAAAAAUUUUUGGUUAAGGUUUUGUAUGUAAGCUGGUAUCUCAGUAACCACUUGUGGGAAUGGAUUGAAACUUCACACACUUAUUUACUGUUAUAAACUGACUUACAUUGCACAGGUUCCAUAACUCUAUUUUGAUUUUUUACAAAAUUAUGCCCCUUUUUCGACUUAGAAUUUUUUGGUUAAGGUUUUGUAUGUAAGCUGGUAUCUCAGUACUCACUAAUGGGAAUGGAUUGAAACUUCACACACUUGUUCACUGUCAUGAUCUGACAUGCACAAAGCAGGUCCCAUAACUUUAUUUUGCUUUUUUACAAAAUUAUGCCCCUUUUUCAGCAUAGAAAUUUUUGGUUAAGUUUUUGUAUGUAAGCUGGUAUCUCAGUAUCCACUAAUGGGAAAGGAUUGAAACUUCACACACUAGUUCACUGUCAUGAUAGGACAUGCAGUGCAAAGGGUCAAUAACUCAACUUUGCAUUUUACAAAAUUAUGCCCCUUUUUGAACUUAUGAGUUUUUUGGUUAAAUUCUUAUAUGUAAGCUGGUAUCUCAGUACCCACUAAUGGGAAUGGAUUGAAACUUCAUACACUUGUCCACUGUCAUGAGCUGAUAAGCACUAUGCAGGUUCCAUAACCCUAUUUUACUUUUUUACUAAAUUAUGCCCCUUUUUCGACUUUCUUAUUCAUUCAAGCGACAAGGCUGUUAAAUAGUCGAGCGUUGCUGUCCUCCGACAGCUCAUGUUAUAGAUACCACUAGCAUAAUCAGUUAAGUUUUGAAAAUAUUUGACCUGCCUGUUCAGAUAUGUAUUAUUUGUCGUAUAUUAAUUAUAACUGCAGUAAAUUAUGUUAAGUUAAUAUGUGCCGCUAUACUUCAACACUUAAAAAAACAAUCGGAGGAAAAUUGAUGAUAUUACACACAAAAUACAAAAGUCUUAUAGGAUCUGUAUUUUAUUUUCAUAUCACUUCUAUUUCACUGUUUGAUAGACAACAGACAUAGUAUAGUAUCGUUAAGAAUUCAGACUUUGUAUUUGUUUAUACUUUUGGAGAUGCUGCUUCUGACAUUUCAUGAAUUUUGAAUUUGCGUGAUGCUCCGAUUGCGAAUUUAGGCAAAAAUAAAAUCUUUGCAAAUAUUACCUAGUUGACUUAAUUAGAGAACUAGCACUUGAUGGGUUUUAAUGUUAAUAAGUGUACAAGGUGUCAAAAUCCAGAGCAUUACAAGAUUUGAUUACUAUAUUUAACCUCUUAAGCAUUUAGUAAUUGUCAUCAGUGAUAGUCUUUCAGAAUAUAUUUUGUGUAAAGUUUUGAUCUUAAUUUCAUAAAUCAAAAUUGAUAUAAAUUGAAGAUGAAAUCUAUCGUGUAUUGAAUUAAAUGUGAGGACAUUGUGAUACACUGAGGAGUUCAGCAGUUACCUUAAGUUUGGAUUUUAGCUGACAAAUAUUUACCCCAUUAAAACUGUAUCUUGUUAUGUUAUGACUAUGAUUGUUAUGUAAUAAAACAAGAAAAGA